AUGAACACGGUAAUUAAGGAAGCUUAUCACCUUAUGGAGGCUACACCACUAGAUAUCCAUCCACAGCGUAUGCUUGAUGACUUCAUACCACUUACAAAAGGACAGUACCCUAUAUUUAAUAAGUAUCCCCAGUUCAUUGUGGAUUAUCAAACUCAGGAACGGGAGAGGAUCAGACAGGAUGAAAUUGAAUACUUACGAGAAAGACAAUUAGCACAUGAAUUAGAAGCUAAAGCACAGGAACAGAAAGCAGAAGAUGAAGCCUGGUAUCGAAAGCAGGAAUUACUUCAAGAAGCUGAAGAACAGAGGAGAAAAAUGCUAUUGGAAGAAGAAGAGAAGCUGGCGGAUCAGAGGAAGAGACUAGCUGCUGUGAAAAGAGAACUGAAAGUAAAGGAACUACAAUUUCUAGAUGCUUCGAGAAGGCGUUUUCUGAAAUACCAGCAAGAGCAGCGUCAAAUGGAACUGAAACGUCUUGAUGACGAAAUUGCAAGAAAGGCAUCCAUGAGAGAGCAGGAAACAGCUGCUACUGUCCAAGACGUGGAACUACGACGGAUGGAACUUGAAUCACAGAGGCAGCUUUUUGAACAGCAUCUAAUCAAAGAUCAAGAGGCAGUUACAAAGGAAAUGAAAGAAGAGGUGGAUGCCCAUCGAAGAAAGGUGGAUCUGGAAGAUCGUCUUGUUCAGAGAAUGAUGGAAAUAGAUAGAGAAGAAAACCAGAAAGCUCAGAUAGUGGCUGAAGAAAACUUAGCCAAAGCGGAGCAGAAACGCAUUGACACCAACUGGAGGUUGCAAGCGUUGCAUCAACUAAGGCGCGAUGAUCAGGCCCGGGAGAGGCAUUACGAAGAGAUAGCCAAGCUCCUGCAUGACAACAGGGCGAAAGAAGCUGAACUGCUGAAGGCCAUGAGGGAAGCAGAAGAAAAAACG